CUCCACCUCCACCUGCCCCUCCACCUUCACCUGCUCCCCUGCCUGCCUCCACCUGCCCUCCACCUCCACCUGACCCCUCCACCGUCACCUACCCCUGCUCCUCCACCUGGCCCCUCCACCUCCACCUGCCCCACCUUCCCCUCCACCUGCACCUGCUCCCAACCCUUCACCUCCACCUGCCCUCCAGCUCCACCUCCACCUGCUCCCCUGCCCACACCAGCUCCACCUGCCCCCUCCAGCUCCACCUGCCCCCUCCAGCUCCACCUGCCCCCUCCACCUCCAACUGCUCCCUGCCCCCACCAGCUCCACCUGCUCCUCCAGCUCCACCUGCCCUCCAACUCCACCUGCUCCCUGCCCCCACCAGCUCCACCUGCCCACUCCACCUCCACCUGCCCCUCCAGCUCCAUCUGCCCCCUCCUCCAUCUGCUCCCUGCCCUCCAGCUCCACCUGCCCCCUCCACCUCCACCUGCUCCCUGCCCCACCAGCUCCACCUGCCCCACCUACACCGGUCCCCUUCACCUCCAGCUGUCCCUCCACCUGCACCUGCUCCCUGCCCUUUCACCUCCAGCUCCACCCUGCUCCCUGCCCUCCGCCUCACACCUGUCCCCUUCACCUCCACCUGUCCCCUCCAGCUCCACCUGCCCUCUCCACCUCCACCUCCACCCUGCUCCCUGCCCCCACCAGCUCCACCUGCCCUCCCUCCACCUCCAGCUCGACCUUCCCCCUCCACCUCCACCUGCUCCCCUGCCCCCACCAGCUCCACCUACCCCUUCACCUCCACCUGCCCCCUCCAGCUCCACCUGCCCCUCCACCUACACCUGUCCCCUUCACCUCCAUCUGCCCCUCCACCUACACCUGUCCCCUUCACCUCCACCUGCCCCCUCCACCUACACCUGCUCCCUGCCCCCACCAGCUCCACCUGCCCUCUCCACCUACACGUGUCCCCACCUCCACCUUCCCCUCCACCUCCACCUGCUCCCUGCACCUACGAGCUCCACCUACCCCCUUCACCUCCACCUGCCCCUCCAGCUCCACCUGCCCUCCACCUCCACCUACCCCUGCCCCCACCAGCUCCACCUGCCCCCUCCACCUACACCUGUCCCCUUCACCUCCACCUGUCCUCCACCUGCACCUGCUCCCUGCCCCUUCACCUCCAGCUCCACCUGCCCCUGCCCUCCACCUACACCUGUCCCCUUCACCUCCACCUGUCCCCUCCAGCUCCACCUGCCCUCUUCACCUCCACCUCCACCUGCUCCCUGCCCCCACCAGCUCCACCUGCCCUCCUCCACCUCCAGCUCCACCUGCCCUCCACCUCCACCUGCUCCCUGCCCCCACCAGCUCCACCUACCCCUUCACCUCCACCUGCCCCCUCCAGCUCCACCUGCCCCCUCCACCUACACCUGUCCCCUUCACCUCCACCUGCCCCCUCCACCUACACCUGUCCCCUUCACCUCCACCUGCCCCUCCACCUACACCUGCUCCCUGCCCCCACCAGCUCCACCUGCCCCUCCACCUACAUGUGUCCCCUUCACCUCCACCUUCCUCCACCUCCACCUGCUCCCUGCACCCACCAGCUCCACCUACCCCCUUCACCUCCACCUGCCCCUCCAGCUCCACCUGCCCCUCCACCUCCACCUACUCCUGCCCCCACCAGCUCCACCUGCCCCCUCCACCUUCACCUGUCCCCUUCACCUCCACCUGUCCCCUCCACCUGCACCUGCUCCCUGCCCCUUCACCUCCAGCUCCACCUGCUCCCUGCCCCCUCCACCUACACCUCUCCACCUGCCCCUCCACCACAUACCUCCAGCUCCACCUGCCCCCUCCACCUCCACCUGCUCCCUGCCCCCACCAGUUCCACCUGCCCCGCCACCUCCACAUGCCCUCCAGCUCCACCUACCCCUCCACCUCCACCUGCUCCCUGCCCCCACCAGUUCCACCUGCCCCCUUCACCUCCACCUGCCCCCUUCACCUCCACCUGCCCCCUCCAGCUACACCUGCCCCCUCCAGCUCCACCUGUCCCCUUCACCUCCACCUGCCCUCCAGCUCCACCUGCCCCCUUCACCUCCACCUGCCCCCUCCAGCUCCACCUGCCCACUUCACCUCCACCUGCCCCCUUCACCUCCACCUGCCCUCCAGCUCUACCACCUCCACCUGCCCCUCCAGCCCACCUGCCCCUUCACCUCCACCUGCUCCAUGCCCCCACCAGCUCCACCUUCGCCCUCCACCUCCACCUGCCCCUCCACGGUGGCCUUUCUCAAUAGCAAGGCUAUGCAAGACUUUAUAGGCAUGGGAAACAUAUGUUAA